CAUAUUUUUUUCAUUUCUUUUGCACAAUUUAUUAAAAAAAUAAUUAUUCAAUUGCAAUUUUUAUUAAUUUACUCUAGCAGAAAACAUUAAAAGCAUACAAACAAAAUGUCUUUGAACAAUAGUUUAUCUAUAGCGGUGGUUUGCUCUUCAAAUAUGAAUCGUUCCAUGGAGGCCCAUAAUUUUUUGGCCAAAAAAGGCUAUAAUGUACGUUCCUUUGGCACAGGAGAACGUGUUAAAUUACCCGGCACUGCUAUAGAUAAACCCAAUGUCUAUGAAUUUGGCACACCCUACGAUACCAUAUACAAUGAUCUAGUUAGUAAGGACAAACAAUACUACACCCAAAACGGUCUGCUGCACAUGCUGGAUCGCAAUCGCCGGAUUAAGAAGUGUCCCGAAAGAUUUCAAGAUUGUCGCGAACAAUUCGAUGUUAUUGUAACUGUGGAGGAGCGUGUUUACGAUCAGGUUUUGGAAAAUAUGGAGUCCCGUGAUGUGGUAGACAAUCGUCCGGUGCAUAUAUUCAAUGUUGAUAUUGAGGAUAAUCAUGAGGAAGCCCUAAUGGGUGCUUUUCUUAUAACGGAUAUGAUAAAUAUGAUGUCCAAGUCCAGUGAUUUAGAUAAUGAUAUAGAUGAACUUUUACAGGAAUUUGAGUCGAGGCGUAAUAAAACCGUUUUACAUGCAGUACUCUUUUACUGACCCCUUAUUUGGGCGUUUCUUUUUUCAUAAUUUAUAUUUUAAAACUGACAAAAACAAAAUAAAACAACAACAGACUUUAAAUCGAAAAUGAUAAAACAACAACAAAACUAGCAACUAGUAAAAAACAACAAAUUUAUUAUAGUAAGUUAAACAACAACAAACAAAAAUCAAGUAAACAAUAACAUUGUCUUUCCUUUAAGAGAGAAUGAAAACAAAAACAGAAAAACUAACUAAUUAAAAGGGAUCCCUUUAAUAAACAUAAAAAAAUAUAUAAUUUUUUUUAAUAAAUCUGUAAAUUUUCUUUAAAUAUAAAAUACUAAGAAUUCCUUUAGCCAUAGUUGGAUUAACAAGCCAUCAGUUUCUUGUCUACACAUGAAUAUGUCUCGUGGGGACUGAAACAUAAAAUUGACAUAACAUGUCAAUGUGUCAAAUGACCCAAAAUAGACAUAUAAAUUGGAGUCAGCCAAUAACUGUUUAUAACAGCUAGUUCACAUAUGUUAUGUUUACUUGGGCAUGUCAUGAGUUUAUAAAAGAGAGAGGAGAGGAGAUUUAAAAAUAUUCCUCUUUUUCUUCCUCUCUCUUCUAUAAACUCAAGACUUAGGGAUACCUAAGGAAUUCAUGUGCUCCCAUUGAACAAAUUGAUGGCUAGUGAAGACCUAGGAUUAAGUGCAAUUUAAGAAAAUAGCCCUGCUUUAAGUAAUUAUGACUAUCAGCGAUUUUCCUAAUUUGCUUGCUUGGCUUUACAAAAGUUUGGUUAAAGCAAUUAUUAACUCUAUUUAAAAUCCUUUUAAAUUAACAAAAUAUUAAUUUCCUUUACAUAUUUACAUUCUCAAUUAAAUAAGAUAAUUUAAUUUAAAAAAAACUACUAGUUUUUUAAAAUAAAUGUUAUAAAAAACAAAAACAAAUCAUUAAGCUUAUGUUAAAACAAACUAAAAUAUAUAAACUGUUUAUACCAAAAUAUAAGAUAAUUUUAUUAAAUAAUAAUGAA